UGUGUACUCACCUGUCCGGCAGUGUAUGCACUCACCUGUCCGGCAGUGUAUGCACUCACCUGUCCUGCAAUGUAUGCACUCACCUGUCCGGCAGUGUGUGUACUCACCUGUCCGGCAGUGUAUGCACUCACCUGUCCGGCAGUGUGUGUACUCACCUGUCCGGCAGUGUGUGCACUCACCUGUCCGGCAGUGUCUGUACUCACCUGUCCGGCAGUGUGUGUACUCACCUGUCCGGCAGUGUAUGCACUCACCUGUCCGGCAGUGUAUGCACUCACCUGUCCGGCAGUGUGUGUACUCACCUAUCCGCUAUUGUGUGUACUCACCUGUCCGGCAGUGUAUGCAUUCACCUAUCUGGCAGUGUGUGCACUCACCUGUCCGGCAGUGUAUGCACUCACCUGUCCGGCAGUGUAUGCACUCACCUAUCCGCCAUUGUGUGUACUCACCUGUCCAGCAGUGCAUGCACUCACCUGUCCGCCAUUGUGUGCACUCACCUGUCCGGCAGUGUGUGUACAGCUGUAGGCAUCAGAACAGCUGCCAAAGCCUUGUACAAGAUGGAGUCACACACACCAACCAACGUGACCAGGGUGUCCUUAUGUAG